AUGCGCCAAAGGACCACGUUCUUCCACCGCGACGAGGACGCUAUACAGCCGUCUUCCAUCAAGGUCAAGGGCCGCUCCAUCUCCGGACCCGAUAUCACCGCUGUUCGCGAGGACCGCUUCACCCUAGGCCUUGACGAGCUUCCCUCCGACCUCAAGGAGCUGCUGACCAACAUCAGCGAGCUGCACCUACGCUGGGCCAGCCCAGCUCGCUAUGACACCUUGGGCCCAUGGACCUCGAGGCUCCCCCCCGGCCUGCACGUCUUCUACACCCCACAGCACGACGACGCGACCGGCCCCAGAGAUCCCAUCUGCGCCUUUCUCCGUGGCUUCAUGCCCCAAGAGAACUGCACUGAUUCACUAGACCACUUCUCUCAACUUCCAUACGACCGCUUCUCCCAUGCAACCGCCUAUCAGUCAUACUACCCGUCCCGCUCUCUAUCUGCCUUUGCCGAAUAUGCGUCGCAGUACCUAUGCUCUGCAUCCGACGACGGCUGCAAGACACGCAUGCGUGCGCUUGACCAGGCCAAAUCCUUUGACUUUUCAUACGACACCAUAUCACAUGUAGUUAAGGUCACCGUGCUAUGGGGUCACCAGAAGCAGCCGCUUGAUAUCACCUCGCAUUCCGACCACAGAGUCGAGGUGGGCCUGCUCGUUCCAGAUAGCACCGGUGCUAUCGAAGACCACGAGCUCGGUGUUGCUGGCCUGCUCACCAUCCUGGGCGAGGAUUCGAACCCAUCGCCGGUUCUCUUCUCCUUCCCAGCCCGGCACAAGUCGGCCGGAGCCACCUUCUCGGCCGAGUUUCUCUCUCCACUCGGCCUGCACCCAACCAUGCAACUGCAAGUCGAUUCGUCUGAGCCUCCAAUGAAGGACUCCUUCUGCUCUCUUCACGCCUAUUUCACGCUACCAAACACCAUCUUUGCGGAUAAAUAUCAGCUCGAUGACCCCCUCUUCCUGGCUUCCAAAAACCUGACAGCAUUACGUUACAUUAGUCAGCCCAUCGAUUUGGAGGCGCCGAGCUACGUCAUGAAACUCUGGGGUUCAAGCCUUUUGCUGGAGCUGAAGCCGCCAGCAGAGGAUGAAGCCGUUGCAUUCACCGCUGAGGUGCCGCUUCACUUGCGCUACCAGGUGCCGCAAGACGGCGGCGAAGAAUCUGUCACAACACCCUACCCCGCCGUCUUCUGGGCUUGUGCAGCUGAGGAAGGCACCAAGUUUCCGAACAGCCCCUUUGACCGGGUAAAUAUUGGCUAUGACGGACUGUUCGGGCCAAGGACAUUGUUCUGGCACCUAGACCCUGCCCCACAGGAAGGUGUCAAGGACCUUAUGUUGACUGAUUCUGUACCUGUGCUGGACCUGGGGCAGGCAUUACUGAUCAGCCCGCUCACUGCUGCUGUAGUAGUGGCGGGUUUUGCUUGGGUCGUAUGGAAGCUCGUAGCUGUUUUCAUGAAAUCUGGGUACGGUGCACAGCAAAGCCCCGGAAGGGAAGUCAAGAAGACGCAAUAA